GAAUGACCAAGACACAGUUACUUUCAGCCAUCGAAAUGAUCGGUAUGUGCAUUUGUCAAGAUUUCUGCACAUGAAUGAUCAGCAUAACACACAGAUUUUCACGUUUCUACUGUUGCCUCAUUUGCUGUGCAGUACACUGGAGGAGGUUGAGUCUGCGCCGUUUAUCUAUGCAGACCACCAGUGGAUUGUGAGUUUUCGAAAGAGUGAGACACAUUUGGGAGUGUUUCUGGAAUUAGCUCUCACCAAUUCCGAUAGAUCAACUAACCGAAAGCAUAAAAGUCCGAGUGAGAAUUCAAACAGCUAUGUACAAUGGAGGACUGUAACAGUGGAUUUUCAGUGCACAUUAAAAAAUCCCGAACAUUUUUCUAGAAAUGAAUUAUUUGCACGUCGUGGAUGUACGUUCAGCGCCACUCAGGCUAAGCACGGUCGUAGGCGCUUUAUCGAUCUGAGUCUGUUAUCCUCAAAACACUUUUUGUUUGAUGAUGGGAAGUGUGUUUUCGAAAUUGAACUGAAAAAUCCGGAUAUUUUUCUUCACUUGUGGGCCUACCAGUGUCAAGAUCCUGCGAGCUACUUCUCUCGUACAGCUGAAACCACCUUGUGUGAAAACCGAGCUGUUAAACUAAUGCGGAUGGAUGGGUCAGUCAUUCACUUUGACAAAUCGCUCCACUUUGAGACGGAAAGCUUCGAGUUUUCGGACUCACCAUGGAUGGUUACAGUGGACAUGGAACCCGGACAUUUGGAAACAACCGAGGGUCCCACCACUGUUGACCCCGCGGAUGUAACAGUUGCAGUGGAAAUAUGCCUUGUUCGAAAGACUACAAGGACAAGAGUCCACUCGGGUUCCACACCGAGAACUCACAACAAGCACUGCACCAACUUUUGCCGUCUAAAGUGUGUGGCCACUCUCCCGGGUGACUGCGUGACCGGAGUGAUGGAGUUUUCCAUCGGAUCACAGGGUUGGCCCAUGCAAGCGUACCGUACAACGUUUGAAAGGUCCGCAUACGAGGUAAACUCUAAUGACGAACUAUCCGUCGGUUACAUAUCUCCAGUGGACUUGAAUCCACAGGGGGCAAAACUGAAAACCUCAGGAUCCCCAAUUGCGUUACUACUCUCCACUAUUUCUUCGCCAUUCAGUGUUGGUUUAAGAAUAUUGUCAACUUCAUAUUUAACAUUUUUGGAGGUACCCAUAUCGAUGACUGAUGAACAACCCAGAUCAACGCAUCUCACGGACCCAUUUGAUUUGCCUUGGUAUAUUCGCACCAUUACGACUGGUCGCAUUUUACGUAUCAAACUUCAACCCAUUUACCACCGAACAUCACAACAGUCAAACAAAAGAUCCAUUACACCUACAUCCUCAGAGACACAUACGUGUUAUCUUCCAGGUAUCGCCUGUGUCUUGGGUGUGGAAUUAAGGAUCGAUGCACUCACGCAGAAGCUGCACCCUCCAGUUUGCCCCUUAGGUAUGGACCUUGUAGAGCUGAUUCGGUACAACGCAUAUAUGGAUGCCUAUGCACGAGGUUCAUCUGAUCCAGAGAGAUGUACCAGGUCUAACGAACAGAAGACUCAUUCGAGGAGUUCACAAGAAGAGUAUGAAGGGCCUCUGGAAGAUACAUAUGACGUUGUCAUGGAUAUCGCGGUAGACAAAGUACUGGACAAAAGUUCCGGUUUUGUGAAUCCCUUGAAUGACACAAUUCUGGUUGAAAUAAUGUGGGUGUACAAGCACAUUGUCUUUCUGGAGAGGACGCAAACAAUAGAUGCGAUCAAUCAGCGUCAAUACAUUCAAAUGCGAAAUGAACUUGAACAAAUCAGAAAGGAGAGGGACGAACUUGAAAAACAAGUGGUGAUCAAGGAAAUGGGAUUAGUUCAAGUCGACGCCAAAGCAUGUGGACCAAGAAGUCUUUUGCCUAAAGAAGCUCUAUAUAAUCUGAAGCCCCUUUCUGAUCUGUCCGUUCAAUCCAGGAGCAACCGUUCUGCGGUUUCCGAUAAUGACAUUUCAGGGAAUCGACAAUUACAAAAAUUAAGCACCGAUUCAGUUGAUGAUUAUUCCGAGAACUUUGGGUCGCGAACUUCUCUUCCAAUGAGCCGCAAGGAACCAAUUGGAGGUAGAGGCCAAAACUCGCCGCGGUGCGAUUUUCAUUCGAAACCUAGACGGGCAGCGGCGACCCAGCUAUUCAGACAUUCUGGGCAACAGUCGUUUGAUUAUGCUCAAAAUAUGUAUGAAAACAUUUCAAGGACGAGCAACACAGCUUGUGCCACACCUGAGUACAAUCAUUCUGGCCUACCGGAACGUCGAAAACAAUUCUACAAAUCAAGAACGAUAUGGCAAACCUAUGACAGUUAUCAAGGAGAUCAACAUGGUUUGAUGAAAACUAGUCUACAUACUCAGUCAUCUAGUAGUUGGAGCACACCGGGCGAUUCGAGAGGCAGACAAGUGGCAGAAAACGGAAGACUGCGAGUCAAACAAAGAAACUAUCCAUCUCGUACUGGCUACGUGGAUCACGAACAAACUGAUUAUUUGUUUGGUUCAUAACAAGUGUUCAAAAUCUCUCUGGUUUCCAAUAUUUUCUCAUUGCAUCCACAGAUCGAUUCGGUUGACCAUUAUCACCCGUUUAUGUCCACUCGUGCAUAUUCAAUGUAUUUUAAAAACGAUGUUGUGACUUGGAAUCAGG